GAGGGAGAGGGGGGAGCCGCGCGCGCACUGGCGCACCGCCGCCUCGCUGCCUCCGCUAUAUAAACACACAUUGGGAGCACGACUGGCGACUCCAACUAACUCACGUUGAGAAACUGAGAAAGUGUAUGUGAAAAGAGAGAGAGAGAAGUAGAGGUAGAGAGAGUGAGUGAGUAAGUGAGUGAGAGAGGUAGAGAUAGACAGAGCGCAUCAGAGACGAAGCGCACACACAGAGAGACAGAGAGAGAGAGAGCGAAAGAGAGUAAAAGAGAGGGAGUCUGAGGAACUCAUUUAGAGCUCGUUUAGCGCUCCGACCAUCAGCAUCACCAUCAUCCGCGCGCAGAGACCGCACAGGAUUAUUCCUCCACCUCCAGUACCUGCUUUUAUCCUUCCUUUCUUUCUUUUUUCUUUUCUUUGCUUUUUAAAAAUAUAUAUUUUAACUUUUUUACUGCAUUGAAAAACAUUUAAACACAACAGCACAGGUCGGAGAAGUUUUAUUUUUUGUGCAUGAAGAUUUUGAAGCAUUUUCUUUGGCUUUUUGAAAUUUGAUUUUGAACUUUAAAAGCAGUUUAGGAGCCUGAUAUCAUUUUUUUUUAUAGUUUAUAACUUUUAUUCAGAACUUCAGCAUUAUAACGGCUUGAUUAGCCACGUGUUUGCAUACUAAUUCGUACAAUCUCCCAAUUUGUCUUAAUAGUCGCAAUUUGUUAUCUUAAAAAAAAUCAAACAUCUUUAAAGAUUCUUCCUUUUUUUUCUUGCAUCUAGAAAUGAUGUUCUACUGUCUGACCUCAACUUAACCCAGUCAAACUCAAGUCAGACCAAGACUUUUACCAUUCAGCUGAGCAUUAAACAUUAGGAGAGCUUAGAAGAGUUUUAGGCUUCAUUCCGGCUACAUUUUUUUUCUCCCUCCUCGUGUUUUCUUGUCCAUUUUUUUGUCCAGUUUGAUGAGCAAUUAACAGCACUCCUGUGUAACAGUACUCUCACUAGUACCUGUACAGCAGAAAGAAGCCCCUCAACCAGCAUCCAUCCAUCCAUCCGUCCAUUCAUCUAUCCCCCUGCUGGGCCCCUUGGGCUGGCCGUUGUUUCUCUCUCUCUUUUUCGCUCGCUCUCUUCACGCGAUGCUCUUCCAAGGCUUCGACGUGCUCUCAGCUCUGGCCACUCUGGCCGCGUGCCUGCUGUCUGUGGCGCUGCUGCUCGCCGUCUCUCAGCAGCUGUGGCAGCUGCGCUGGACGGCCACGCGCGACCGUAACUGCAAGCUGCCGAUGCCCAAAGGCUCCAUGGGCUUCCCCAUCAUCGGAGAGACGUGCCACUGGGUCAUGCAGGGUGCCGGGUUCCAUGCCUCUCGUAGGCAGAAGUACGGUAAUGUGUUUAAGACACAUCUGCUGGGACGGCCGCUGAUCAGGGUGACUGGAGCAGAGAAUGUGAGGAAGGUGCUGAUGGGGGAACACACUCUGGUGAGCGUGGACUGGCCCCAGAGCACCAGCACUCUGUUGGGGCCCAACAGCCUCGCCAACUCCAUCGGAGACAUCCACCGCAAGAGGAGGAAGAUCUUUGCCAAGGUCUUCAGCCACGAGGCGCUGGAGAGCUACCUGCCGAAGAUCCAGCAGGUGAUCCAGGAGACGCUGAGGGUGUGGAGCUCCAACCCGGAGCCCAUCAACGUGUACCGUGAAUCCCAGCGCCUGUCCUUCCAGAUGGCCAUCCGUGUUCUCCUGGGCUUCCGUGUGUCUGAGGAAGAGAUGCGCUUCCUUUUCCACACCUUCCAGGAGUUUGUGGAUAACGUUUUCUCACUGCCCAUUGACCUGCCCUUCAGUGGCUACAGGAAGGGCAUUCGUGCAAGGGACACCCUCCAGAAGGCCAUAGAAAAAGCCAUCAGGGAGAAACCGCUGUGUACACAGGGAAAAGACUACUCAGACGCUCUGGAUGUGCUGCUGGAGAGUGCCAAGGAGAAUGGGACAGAGCUCAGUAUGCAGGAGCUUAAGGAGUCCACCAUUGAGCUGAUCUUCGCUGCCUUCGCCACCACAGCCAGCGCCAGCACCUCUCUGGUAAUGCAGCUGUUGAAGCACCCAGCUGUGCUGGAGAAGAUGCGCGAGGAGCUGCGCAACUGCGGCCUGCUCCACGACGGCUGCCUGUGCCAGGGAGAGCUGCGUCUGGACAGCAUCUACAACCUAAAAUACCUGGACUGUGUCAUCAAAGAAGUCCUCCGCCUCUACGCGCCUGUGUCUGGAGGAUACCGCAUCGCCAUGCAGACCUUUGAGCUGGAUGGUGUGCAGAUUCCCAAAGGCUGGAGCGUCAUGUACAGCAUCCGCGACACUCACGACACCUCGGCUGUCUUCAAGGACGUCCAGGCCUUCGACCCCGACCGCUUCAGCGCAGAACGUGGCGAGGACCGCGAAGGCCGCUUCCACUACCUGCCCUUCGGGGGCGGGGUCCGCUCCUGCCUGGGCAAGCAGCUGGCCACCCUCUUUCUGAAGCUGCUGGCUGUGGAGCUGGCCGGGGGGAGCCGCUUCGAGCUGGCCAGCCGGACGUUCUCCCGCAUGGUGUCCGUGCCCGUGGUCCAUCCCACCGAUGGCCUGCGCGUCAAGUUCUUCGGCCUGGACUCCAACCAGAACCAGAUCAUGGCCAAGACAGAGGAGUUGCUGGGCGCCACCGUGUAACUGGCUGGACUGACGGGGGCUGUAAAGAGGUAGUGGAUGAGAAAGUGGAAAGUGGGCGGGGCCUGUUGAGAAAGAGAGAAAGAGAGAGAGAGAGAGAGAUUGAGAGAGAGAGAAAGACACUGUUACUGUUGAAAAAUUUGCCCCUCUCAAGCGGCAAGCUGUCAGUCAGUCAAGAGAGACUCUCUUUUCUUCUUUGUAAUUUUCAAGAUGUCACUUUGAUCUGCCAAAAAUGUACAGUCUAUCUUUUUUCUAAGAAAAUGUAAAAAAACGUAAGCAAAAAAAAACAAACAACAGAAACAAAGCAUCGACAAAAAGGAAAAACGGAGAAACAACUAUGUGUGUUACGUGUUACAGGUUACAUCAUACGCAGAUGCUUCGAGAUAAGAUGAGUGCACAAGAUGAAAGAAGCUGUUUCUGAAUGUUCGUAGAAGGUUAGGAGGACUGGGAGGUUCUGUAUCGGAGAGAAGGAUGGUCGUGUUAUUUGUGUUCAGAUAAGCAGACGUCACAGGGUAUGGCCAAAACGCGCGUUCACAGUAAAGUGGCCGAUUCUGAGGAAGGACGGGAAGAGUCAUUCUUAUUAUUAUUAUUACGGCCUGCGAAUGAGAUUCAGUACAGGGGUAUUUUUCAGGGUUAGUGUGCAUGUGUGUGUUUGUGUGUAUGUUACAUUGCCUAUGUAUGCAUGUAUGUAUGUAUGUAUGUGUGUGUAUAUGUGAGUGUACAUAUUUAGGGGGAAGGCGUGGAUUAUCAUUCAGGCUAGUAGGAGUGUAGGAAACAGUUUAAGCUAGAACGAAUGAAAGGAGGGUGUGAUUACUCAGGUGUGUAUGUAGUAUAGAAGGACCUUUAAGACUAACCCAAUUCUAUGUUUUAUCUAUAAUAUCUGCACAUAAGAGACAAUUCUUCAUUAUCAUUGAGUGAGUGUGAGAGUGAGAGAGUGAACAAGGUGAAAAUACUCAACCUGUGCUUUUUUUUUUUUUCAUUUUUUUGAUGCAAUGAUGUUGAUGUCAGUGUGUCAGGUUGCAUUGUAUUGAGUGUGUGUGUUUGUAUAUGUGUGUGUGUGUGUGUUUGUGAGAGAGACUCUCAAAAAAAAAAAAAAAAACAA